AUGGCGAAAUCUAAGGUGGCACCUUUAAAACCACCUUCGAUUCCGCGUAUGGAGCUGCAGGCAGGAGUUAUGGGAGCACGCUUAGCCCAAAAGGUGAUGAGCACACGCAACCUACGAAUUGACAACGCCACAUACUGGUCGGACUCCAAGACAGUGUUGCAGUGGCUAACUAUGGACCCCCGCAACUUUCAUCAGUUCGUGAUGCACAGAGUCGCCGAAAUUCUGGAAACAACACUGGUCGAGCAAUGGCGGUGGAUUCCUUCAAAGCUGAACGUAGCAAACCCAACAAGAGACGUGGAUAACGGGCCCGGAGUUCCUGAAGACCGAUGCGAGCAACUGGCCAACAUCCAAGGAGCAGGAGAGCAUCAUCAAUACCUCGGAGAUCCGGAAGCAUGUGAUGACGAUUUCUCAUAUUGGCUGCGGUUAUACAGAGCAGGGGCGCUAGUACUCCUGUUCAUUGAUCGGCUGCGAGCGAAAUGUGCCGGACAAGAUAUGCCAUCAACCACGACAACGGCUCAUGUGAGCAAGGCAAAGAUGCUGCUAUACAAGCAAUCCCAAUCCAUCGCCUUCGCAGCAGAACUAAAAACGUUAUCCGCGGGAACGGCGCUCCUCAAGGGAAGCAGAUUGGCCGGAUUGAACGCGUACCUGGACAACGAUGGAAUACUACGAACAAGAGGCAGAUUGAACGCAGUUGACAUAGCUGAGGACGCCAUUAUACUAGCUCAUGGAUGCCGGAAAACCAACCUCAUAGUUAGGAGCUUCCACGAAAAGUAUCACCAUCUCGCUCACGAAACUGUAAUAAACGACAUCAAAAAUUCGUUUUAUAUCAGCCGGCUACGAGUACUGCACAAAUCUGUACGAAACACAUGCCAACGAUGCAAGAUCGACAGAGCAGUUCCCAGACCACCCCAGAUGGCACCAAUCCCGAGGGCAAAAGUUGGAAGCUUCGAGAGGCCGUUCACCUAUACAGGCGUUGACUAUUUUGGCCCGUUAUUGGUGAACGUCGGCCGGCGCAAAGAGAAGAGAUGGGUAGCUCUGUUCACCUGUCUUACGUUGCGCGCGGUGCAUUUUGAGAUCACCUACAGUCUAGAUACUAGUUCAUGUAUCAUGUGCCUAGCCAAUUUUAUGGCCCUUCGAGGGACACCGAAGGAAAUAUUUUCAGACAACGGUACAAAUUUCAGAGCCACGGAAAAAGCCGUGCGCGAGGAGCUGAAAAAGAUUGAGUACGAUAAGAUCACUAUUAAGUUCGACGGCAUAAAGUGGCGAUUCAACCCACCAGGAGCACCGCACAUGGGUGGAGCAUGGGAGAGACUCGUCAGGACAACGACCUGCCGCUAG